AUGUUGACUAUGUGGCAAACGUCCAGAGCAUCCCGCCUACGGUGGACGGACAAAUGGGAUCUCAUUGAACCUGGCAUGCAGGAGAGUCCAAUAAAUCAAGACGUGGGCAGUGAAUACAGUCGUCCUCUGAAACUGGUCAUUCGAGCUCCACAAGCGACAAAUAUGACCGGCAAUGUGAACACCACCAUCACAGGGAAUACAGCCUCGACGUCACCAGUAGCUCAUAAGUCAUUGGUUCCUCACUGGAGCUACGAAAAAAACUCAAUCGCUGUAGCCAUUGCCAUUUCCGUGGUUGCGGUCCUAGGUCUUAUAACCCUGGUAACUCUCUUUGUCCAGAAGGUCCGUCGAAGCUGGGGUCGGCGUCAAGAGGAGAAGAUAGACUACGCGGAUCCAAGAUUUCGUGCUUUCCAUGCGAGUGGUGAUGCCGAAAAUGGAAUGUGUGAACGCAAACUGAGUCGCGAAUCAGUGAUGUUUAGCAAGGGCAAUUCUGCUCCUAAGGAAUAUGUUGUCGAGCAGCAGGGCGACAGAAUCACUCGAGUGGUUUGUGCAGGAAAGAAGGAUGCACCCAAGGCGUUGGAUUCAGUUGACAAGCCUUCGCAACAGCAAGAGUCCUCAGUCGAACCACCAUCUUCGGAGUUACCUGUGAAGAAUGACCAUGACGACUCUACUUCCCAGCCGAAUGUCGUAGUGCCUCCUCCGCUGAAGCAUGCGUCGUCGUUGAAAGCCACUCCGACCACCCAACAAUGGGACUCGAACCCAGAAAAGCCUUCCGCGUCCCGUAGACCUGCAGGUGAGGCCCGAAGGAGCAUCAUCAAGCUCGCAUCUGCACCUGGCUCGUUGUUUCGACUGCCUUCGAUUAAGAGGACCACGUCUCCCAUUUUCAAUUCCUAA